AGAAUCGCUCGGUUGUCUAGUACGGAAUCUCAAGAUGGCGUCGAGUGGAGGAGAUGGAGAACCGGACUGGGCUGCUGAUGUACGGCCGCUUUUAUCAGCUUCGUACACAGCUUUUGAAACGAAAGAGCUACCUCAGCUUAUAGGAUCUAUAAUAAACAGUGAAUCUGAGAUCCUACACCAUGAUAAACAGUAUGAGCCAUUCUACUCGUCCUUCGUGGCACUCUCCGCUCAUUACAUCACCACAGUCUGUGGACAAAUCCCCAGAAACCAGUUGCUGUCAGUAGCAGCAGCCUGUAAAGUAUUGAUUGAGUUCUCAUUGCUGCGGCUGGAGAACCCUGACGAAGCAUGCGCAGUCUCACAGAAACACCUGAUCCUCUUAAUAAAGGGGUUGUGUACCGGCUGCAGCCGCCUGGACAGAACUGAGAUCAUCACCUUCACAGCCAUGAUGAAGUCGGCCAAACUUCCCCAAACCGUCAAGACACUCUCCGACGUGGAGGACCAGAAGGAGGUGCUGUCUCCAGUGAACCCUGAGCUACGACACAAGGAAGUACAGAUGAACUUCUUCAAUCAGCUGACCUCCGUGUUCAACCCUGACCUCACCGUGCUGGCCUCUCCCUCAGGACGCACACAGGCGGAGAGUGAGAGUGAGGACCAGGCUACGACAGACCAGACCUUCCAGGCCAAAAUGAAGAAUGCCUUUGUGUCCCAGAACGUGUCCAGUCUCCAGGAAUUGGGCGGGUCGGAGAAGUUGCUGCGUGUCUGCCUCAAUCUCCCUUACUUCCUGCGCUAUAUCAACCGGUUCCAGGACGCCGUCUCGGCCAACUCCUUCUUCAUCAUGCCCGCCACCGUCGGAGACGCAACUGCUGUCCGCAACGGGUUCCACUCCCUGGUGAUAGAUGUGGCCAUGGCCCGGGACACCUUGUCCUUGCCUGUCCUGGAGCCCCUGACUCCUGGGAGACUUCUGGACAUGACUGUGUUGGCACUCAGCUGCCUCUACGCAGGUGUGAGUGUUGCAGCGUGCAUGGCCAUUCUGCAGGUGGGCAGCGGCCUGCAACUUCGCACAGCCUCCACCAGCUCCAAAGAGGAGGACUAUGAAAAUGACGCUGCUACCAUCGUACAGAAAUGUCUGGACAUCUACGAAAUGAUCGGCCAGGCCAUCAGCAGCUCCCGCAGAGCUGGAGGAGAGCAUUACCAGAACUUCCAGCUGCUGGGAGCGUGGUGUCUGCUGAACAGCCUCUACCUGAUCCUCAACCUGAGUCCCACGACCCUGGCUGACAAGGGCAAGGAGAAGGACCCUCUGGCCGCGCUCAGGGUCCGAGACAUAGCCGCCCGCACCAAGGACGGAGCAGGCUCCCCUAAACUGGGCCCGGCCAAAGGACAUCAAGGCUUUGGUGUCCUGUCCGUGAUCCUGGCGAACCACUCCAUCAAACUGCUCACCUCCCUUUUCCAAGACCUGCAGGUGGAGGCUCUGCACCGGGUCAGUGCAGGUUGGGCCAGUGACGGUCCCCCAGCAGAACUCAACAUCAUGGCGCAGAACACCUCCACCCAGAGGGUUCAGAGACUCCUGGACUCUGUUCCCCUUACCAACCUGCUGUUCAACCUUCUGUCCACCUCAUACAAGAAGGCCUGUGUCCUGCAGCGUCAGAGGAAAGGCUCGGUUAGCAGUGAUGCCAGUGCCUCAACAGACUCCAACACCUACUAUGAAGAUGACUUCAGCAGCACAGAGGAAGACAGCAGUCAAGAUGACGACAGCGAGCCCAUCUUGGGCCUGUGGUUCGAGGAGACCAUCUCGCCAACUAAAGACAAAGUGGCCCCCCCACCACCUCCCCCACCUCCGCCCUUGGAGACCUCUCCCAGACUGAAGAGCCCCUCCAAGCAGAACGUGGGGGGGAACGGGAACAUCCUGGCCGGACGCAAGGACCCCGAGCUGUUCCUGAGCCUGGCCUCCAGCAUCCUGAACUUUAUCACCACCUCCAUGUUAAAAUCCAGGAACAACUUCAUCAGGAACUACCUGUCUGUCUCGCUGACAGAACAGCACAUGGCCACGCUGGCCAGCAUCAUCAAGGACGUCGACAAAGACGUCAAAGGUUCCUCAGAUGAAGAGUUUGCCUCUGCUCUGUAUCUCUUCAACCAUACGCUAGUGACAUCAGACCUACCUUCUCCAGCCCUGCAGAAUACCCUGCUCCAGCAGUUGGGCGUAGCUCCGUUCUCUGAGGGUCCGUGGCCCUUGUACAUCAACCCCCAGUCCCUGUCGGUGCUCUCCAGAGUCCUGCUCAUCUGGCAGCACAAGGCCUCUCUGCAGGGAGACCCAGACGUACCUGAGUGUAUAACGAUCUGGGAGAGGUUUGUGGGCACCUUGAAGCAGCACACCAUCCAGGGCUCUGUCCCCGGAGAUGAGGACCUGAAUGUGGAGCACCUCCAGCUCCUGUUGCUCCUCUUCCACAACCUGUCUGAGAGGGGGAGGCGUGCCGUGCUCACCCUGGUCACCCAGGCCAUCACAGAGGUGGCGGGUCCCCAGCAUCAGGAGGCCCAGCUCAAAGCCGUACCCCUCAACCUGGCCCGCAUACUGCUGGUGCUAGACUACCUGUUGCACCAGUACUCUAAGGUUCCUAUGUACCUCUUCCAACAGGUCCAGUACAAUCUGCUGACCCCUCCGUGGUCAGGCCAGGGUUCAGUCCAGGACGGGUCCAAACGCAGCGCCCUGCCGCUCUACUGCGGCUUUAAAGAGGUGGAGGAGAACUGGUCUAAGCACUGCUCGGCAGGUAGGAAUUCCACAGUAGUGCAGCCCAAAUUCUACUGCGUCCUGUCACCCGAAGCGUCAGAGGACGACCGAAGCCGACUCGACAGCAAGGUGUUCCAGAAGCUGUUCAACGGAGCAGUGAAGUAUAAUGAGCUUUACGCCUGUCUGGUCUCCCUGCUCUCUGCCGGCUCUCAGUUUGAUACAGCCAGGAGACAGGAGAACAAGCCCAUCACACCUAUGGAGGCAUGCUCCCUGCAGUACUACUUCCUGGUGCUGUGGAGGAUCCUGGGGGUCCUACCCCCCUCUAAGGCAUACAUGGAGCAGCUGAAGGAUGGCCAAGGAGAACCCAGCGAGAGUGACAUCCUCCACACCCUGCGCUGGUCCUCACGACUCAGAGUCCCCACAUAUGUCAACUGGAUCAAGGAGCAUCUGGUGACUCAGGGGAUGAAAGGAGACCAAGCUACGUCUCUGAUCGAGGUGGCUUCCUCCAGAUGCAGCACCGUCAAGUACGACGUGGAGCUGGCUGAAGAGUACAUCGCUAGACAGAUCUCAGCGUUCUCCUGUGUGGACCCCAGCUCCAUCCUGCCCUUGUAUCAGGUCCCCUCCCUACAGGCCAUCUAUACUCUGGACGCCGUCAUCUCCAAGGUCCAGGUGUCUCUGGACGAACAUUUCUCCAAGGUGGCGGCGGAGACGGACCCGCUCAAGCCCUCGGAGAUCACCAAAAACCUGCUGCCUGCUACACUGCAGCUCAUAGACGUGUACACAGCCUUCACCAGGUCCUACCUUCUGAUGAGCCUACCAGAGGAAGGAGAGAACAAGCUAUCAGAGGCUAAGCUUCAGGGUUACGCUGCAGUCCUGUCUAUAGGCUCCAUGCGCUGCAAAGCCAACCUGCUCGGUCAGAAUGUGAUGCAGAACCUUCCGUCGGCCGUCCAGACGCUGUGUGAGACGUGGAACAACAUCAACACCAACGAGUUCCCUAACAUCGGCUCAUGGCGUAAUGCGUUCGCCAACGACACCAUCCCGUCCGAGAGCUACAUCAGUGCCAUCCAGACGGCUCAUCUGGGCACGCUCAGUAACCAGUCCCUGGCUCUGGCCUCGUCUCUCAAACACAUCCUCCUCUCUCUGGUCCGCCUCACCGGAGACCUCAUUGUGUGGACUGAGGAGUUGAACCCUCCCCAGGUGGUACAUGCCCUGCUCCCCCUCUUGGAGAGCAGCACGGAGAGCGUAGCUGAGAUCUGCUUGACCUCUCUGGAGCGUAUCCUGGGCCCCGCUGAGUCAGACACCUUCCUGUCCCACGUCUACCAGAGACUGGUCACAGGAUGCUACAACAUCAUCGCCAACCACUCCGACCCCAACAGUGGUCUGGAUGAGUCUGUGUUGGAGGAGUGUCUGCAGUAUCUGGAGAGGCAGUUGGAGAGCAGCCAAGUGUGCAAGGCCAUGGAGGACUUCUUCUCCUUCAGUGGAGAACUGGUUCAGAUCAUGAUGGCUACAGCCAAUGAAAACCUUUCUGCUAAAUUCUGCAACCGGGUGCUGAAAUUCUUCACCAAACUCUUCCAGCUCACGGAGAAGAGUCCCAACCCCAGCCUGUUGUGUCUGUGCGGCUCCCUGGCCCAGCUGGCGUGUGUGGAGCCGUCCAGGCUGCAGUCGUGGCUCACCCGCAUGACGACCACACCACCCAAGGACUCGGAGCAUCUGGAGACGGUGCAGGAGAACAGGGCGUUGCUACAGGUGCUCACCACGCACAUUGUCAGGGACAACAGCCAGGUGGGCGAGGGCGUGUGCACCGUCCUGCUCUCCACCCUCAUCCCCAUGGCAACGGAUAUGCUGGCCAAUGGGGACGGCGCUGGCUUUCCGGAACUCAUGGUAAUCAUGGCGACCCUAGCCAGCGCCGGUCAGGGGGCGGGGCAUCUGCAGCUGCAUCGCGCUGCCAUCGAUUGGCUGACCAGAUGCAAAAAGUACCUGACCCAGAAAAACGUUGUGGAGAAAGUGAGCGCAAACGUGUCCCAGGGCAAACAUGCCAGCAUACUAGAGUGCUCCUGCCAUAUCAUCUCCUACCUGGCUGAUGUGAUGAACACCCUGAGACAGAGCAGUGGCCAGGGCUCCUCCGUGCUGCUGGUUGAUGGAGAGGAGAAGGCUGUAGAGGUGGACUCAGACUGGGUUGAUGAGUUGGCUGUGGAGGACGAUGACUCACAGGCUGAGGACUCUGAUGAAGACUCCCAGUGCAAUAAGCUGUGUACCUUCACCAUCACCCAGAAGGAGUUCAUGAACCAGCAUUGGUACCACUGUCACACGUGUAAGAUGCUGGACGGGGUAGGUGUGUGUACAGUGUGCGCCAAGGUCUGUCACAAAGACCAUGAGAUCUCCUAUGCCAAAUACGGUUCUUUCUUCUGUGACUGCGGGGCCAAGGAGGACGGUACCUGUCAGGCCCUGGUGAAGCGCAGCCCCAGCAGUGGCACCAUGAAGGAGUCCUCAGCCUUCCAGAGUGAACUGAGGAUGCCUGAGAGUGCCAUCCGCCAUCAGAGCAGCCUGGGCUCUAGCGACAAGGACAAGGUGACCAUCUGUGAGGGCAAGCCUGGCGACGAGGACCGUCCAAAGAAGAGCAGUGUCUGUAAGAACAUCGAGGGAUGUCAGGAGGAACUGCUGGCACAAGUGUCUGGCUCCUCCACGGCGGCCGUGGUUCUGGAGAUGUUGAUCUUCCUGAUGGAUGCCAUCCAGACUAACUUCCAGCAGGCCUCCGCUGUAGGCAGCAGCAGCCGAGCUCAGCAGGCCCUCAACGAGCUACACACUCAGGACAAGAGUGUUGAGAUGACUGACCAACUGAUGGUCCCUACCCUUGGUUCCCAGGAGGGAGCUUUUGAGAACGUGCGUAUGAACUACAGUGGAGACCAGGGCCAGACCAUCAGACAGCUCAUCAGUGCCCACGUGCUGCGACGCGUCGCCAUGUGUGUGUUGUCUUCCCCCCACGGGCGCCGCCAGCACCUCGCCGUCAGCCACGAGAAGGGCAAGAUCACCGUCCUGCAGCUGUCGGCUCUACUGAAGCAGGCCGAUUCCAGUAAGAGGAAGUUAACCCUGACCCGUCUGGCCUCGGCUCCCGUACCCUUCACCGUGCUCAGCCUCACUGGGAACCCCUGCAACGAAGACUAUCUGGCUGUCUGUGGACUCAAGGACUGCCACGUGCUGACGUUCAGUAGUACAGGUUCAGUUUCAGAACACCUGGUGCUGCACCCUCAGCUGGCUACUGGGAACUUCAUCAUCAAGGCUAUCUGGCUGCCUGGCUCCCAGACGGAGCUGGCCAUCAUCACGGCGGACUUCGUCAAGAUCUAUGACCUGUCAGUGGACGCUCUGAGCCCUGUGUACUACUUCCUGCUGCCGAGCUCCAAGAUCCGUGACGCCACCUUCCUGUUCAACGAGGAAGGGAAGAGCAUCAUCGUCAUCAUGUCCUCUGCUGGCUACAUGUACACACAGGUCAUGGACGAGUCUUCCAGCGCCCAACAUGGACCCUUCUAUGUUACCUCAGUCCUGGAGAUCAGCCACCAGGACCUUAAGGACAGUAACGGUCAGGUUGCUGGCGGCGGUGUAUCGGUGUACUACAGCCACGUUCUCCAGAUGCUGUUCUUCAGCUACAGCCAGGGCAAGUCGUUCGCUGCCACCGUCAGUCGUAGCACCACCGACGUACAGAGACUCUUCACCAUCAACGUCAAAGGCUCUAAUGGGGGCAGUAAGACGUCUCCAGCUCUGUGCCAGUGGUCUGAGGUGAUGAACCACCCAGGCCUGGUGUGCUGCGUCCAGCAGACUACUGGUAUCCCACUGGUCAUCAUGGUCAAACCUGACACCUUCCUCAUCCAGGAGAUCAAGACCCUGCCCGCUAAGGCUAAGAUCCAGGACAUGGUAGCUAUCCGUCACACAGCGUCUAACGAGCAGCAGCGAACCACCAUGAUCCUGCUGUGUGAGGACGGCUCUCUGAGGAUCUACAUGGCAAACGUAGACAACACCUCCUAUUGGCUCCAGCCCUCCCUGCAGCCCUGCUCCGGCAUCUCCAUCAUGAAGCCUGUCAGGAAACGCAAGGCUGCUGCCGCAACCACUCGUACCUCCAGUCAGGUGACCUUCCCGGUGGACUUCUUCGAGAGUAACCAACAGCUGACGGAGGUGGAGUUUGGAGGCAAUGACCUCCUGCAGGUUUACAACGGACAGCAGAUCAAACACAGACUCAACUCCACUGGGAUGUAUGUCGCCAACACUAAGCCGGGAGGCUUCACCGUGGAGACGGUCAACAACAACAUCUCCAUGGUGAUGACAGGCAUGCGGGUGCAGGUGGGCACGCAGGCCAUCGAGCGGGCACCCUCCUACCUGGAGAUCUUUGGGCGAACCAUGCAGGUGAACAUGACCCGGCCCCGCUGGUUCGACUUCCCCUUCACCAGGGAGGAGGCUCUGCAGGCCGACAAGAAACUCUCCAUCUUCUUCGGAGCGUCAGUUGACCCGGCGGGUGUCACGAUGCUGGACUCUAUAAAGAUCUAUGGUAAAACCAAGGAGCAAUUUGGCUGGCCUGACGAGCCCCCCGAGGACUUCCCCUCGGCCUCCGUCAACAACGUGUGCUCUCCCAACCUAAACACCGGCAACGGCACCGGCGAAGGGGACAUCGCCGCACCAGCCUCCACCGGCGGCACCGUGCUGGAGAGGUUGGUGGUGAGCUCCCUGGAAGCUCUAGAGAGCUGUUUUGCUAUGGGCUCCUCCAAUGAAAAGGAGAAGAACAAGGCUGCUGCGUUGGAGUUAGCGACCCUUCUCCUGUCCAUGGCUACUCCGUCUGGGGUCCAGCAACAGACCAAGGGCCUCCUGGCCAGCCUGCACACCAGCCGUACGGCCUACCACAACCACAAGGACCAGUCCCUGUUGAGCAAUGCGGUGCAGUGUCUGAACAGCUGUAGUCGUGACAGCAGAGACCUGGACCCUGAGUUGUUCCAGCGACUGGUGAUCACGGCACGCUGCAUCGCCAUCAUGAGACCCAGUAACCUGGUGCACUUCACUGAGACCAAACCUUCUAGUGUUGAUACAGAGAUGACUGAGGAGGGCCAGAAACAGAUGGACAGUGAGGGAUGUAACUUCAUCAUGCAGCUGGUCAAUAAUUUCUGGAAGCUCCAUGCCCUCAAACCAAAGAACGCUUUCCUGGCCCCUGCCUGUCUGCCAGGUCUGACCCACAUUGAAGCUACAGUGAACGCAUUGGUGGAUAUCAUCCAUGGGUUCUGUACCUGUGAGCUGGACUACAUUAACGUGGCCUCCAAGAUCUACAUGCAGAUGCUACUGUGUCCCGACACGUCUGUUAGCUUUGCCUGUAAGCAGGCCCUGAUCCGAGUACUCCGACCCAGGAACAAACGCCGUCACGUGACUCUUCCUUCUCCCCCUCGCUCCAACACACCCAUGGGAGACAAAGACGAUGAUGAUGAGGAUGAUGUUGAUGACAAGAUGCAGCCGUCGGGGCUGACAGGAGGAGAGGGGGGCAGGCAGGAGAGUCAGGAGCAGGGUGAGGUCGACCAUGGCGACUUUGAGAUGGUGUCUGAGUCCAUGGUUCUGGAGACGGCGGAGAAUGUGAGCAAUGGAAACCCGUCUCCCCUCGAGGCUCUUCUGGCCGGGGCCGAGGGCUUCCCCCCGAUGCUGGACAUCCCCCCAGACGCGGACGACGAGACCAUGGUGGAGCUGGCCAUCGCACUGAGUCUCCAGCAGGACCAGCAAGGCAGCAGCAGCAGUGCCCUAGGUCUCCAGUCUCUCGGUCUGUCAGGUCAGGCUCCCAGCUCUUCUUCUCUGGACGCAGGCACCCUGUCAGACACCACUGCAUCAGCCCCAGCAUCAGAUGACGAGGGGAGUACAGCCGCCACGGACGGUUCUACGCUACGGACCUCUCCGGCUGAGCACGGGGGCAGCGUGGGGUCAGAGAGCGGGGGGUCUGCCAUCGACUCAGUGGCAGGAGAACACAGUGUGUCGGGCCGCAGCAGUGCGUACGGGGACACGACCGUUGAGGGCCACCCAGCAGGACCAGGUAGUGUGAGCUCCAGCACAGGGGCCAUCAGCACCACCACAGCCCAGCAGGAGGGAGAUGGAUCGGACGGAGACGCAGAGACAGAGGGGGACAUCCACACCAGCAACAGACUCCACACGGUGCGUCUGAUGCUGCUGGAGCGACUCCUACAGCACCUGCCCCAGCUGGACAGUGUAGGAGGAGUCCACGCUAUCCCUUACAUGCAGGUGGUCCUGAUGCUGACCUCUGACCUGGAUGGAGAAGACGACAAGGACAAGGGCGCUCUGGAUGACCUGUUGGCUCUACUCAUCGCCGAGCUGGGCAUGCACAAGAAGGACGUGUCCAAGAAGAACGAGCGCAGCCCCAUCAACGAGGUCCAUCUGGUCAUCAUGAGACUGCUCUCUGUGUUCAUGUCCAGAACCAAGUCUGGAUCUAAGUCUUCCUCUGAGUCGUCCUCUCUGAUCUCCAACGCCACGGCCACAGCCCUGCUCAGUCAGGGGGCGAUAGACUACUGUCUCCACGUCCUCAAGUCUCUGCUGGAGUUCUGGAAGAGCCAGCAGGAAGAGGAGGAGUCUGUGGCAGCCUCCCAGCUCCUCAAACCUCACACCUCCUCCUCUCCUCCGGACAUGAGCCCCUUCUUCCUGAGGCAGUACGUCAAGGGUCAUGCUGCUGAUGUGUUUGAGGCCUACUCCCAACUUCUGACUGAGAUGGUUCUGAGAUUACCUUAUCAGAUCAAGAAGAUCGCUGACACCAACCCCCGCAUCCCGCCUCCCGUCUUCGACCACUCCUGGUUCUACUUCCUGUCUGAGUACCUGAUGAUUCAGCAGACGCCCUUCGUGAGACGCCAGGUCAGGAAGCUGCUCCUGUUCAUCUGUGGUUCUAAGGAGAAGUACCGUCAGCUCCGGGACCUGCACACGCUGGACUCUCACGUCCGCGGCAUCAAGAAGCUCCUGGAAGAACAGGGCAUCUUCCUCCGCGCCGGCGUCGUCACGGCAACCUCCGGCUCCGCCCUGCAGUACGACACGCUCAUUAGUCUGAUGGAGCACCUGAAGGCCUGUGCUGAGAUAGCCACCCAGAGGACCAUCAACUGGCAGAAGUUCUGUAUGAAGGAUGACUCCAUACUGUACUUCCUACUACAGGUCAGCUUCCUGGUAGAUGAGGGAGUGUCUCCGGUGCUCCUCCAGCUGCUAUCCUGUGCUCUGUGUGGCAGCAAGGUCCUGGCUUCCUCUUCCUCCUCCUCUUCCUCCGGAGGAGGGUCUGGGGGCACUGGGACUCAGUCCUCUCAGAGCAAGUCCUCAAGCAAGAAGAGCAAAAAGGAGGACAAGGAGAAAGACAAAGAAGGUGACGGUGUGGGUAGCCAGGAGGACCAGCUGUGUACUGCUCUGGUCUCUCAGCUCAACAAGUUUGCCGACAAAGAGACUCUCAUCCAGUUCCUCCGCUGCUUCCUGCUCGAGUCCAACUCCUCCGCCGUGCGCUGGCAAGCCCACUGUCUCGCACUGCAUAUCUACAGAAACUCCAGUAAGUCUCAACAGGAGCUGCUGUUGGACCUAACCUGGGCCAUCUGGCCAGAGCUGCCCGCCUAUGGACGCAAGGCCGCUCAGUUUGUAGACCUGCUCGGCUACUUUUCCCUGAAGACCCCCCAGACCGAGAAGAAGUUAAAGGAGUAUUCCCAGAAAGCUGUGGAAAUCCUGAGGACCCAGAACCACAUUCUGACCACCCACCCCAACUCUAACAUCUACAGUACUCUGUCAGGUCUGGUGGAGUUUGAUGGUUUCUACCUGGAGAGUGAUCCCUGUCUGGUGUGCAACAACCCUGAAGUGCCCUUCUCUAACAUCAAGCUGUCGUCCAUCAAGGUGGACACCAGAUACACUACUACCCAGCAGGUGGUCAAGCUGAUCAGCAGUCACACCAUCAGUAAGGUGACAGUGAAGAUAGGAGACCUGAAGAGGACCAAGAUGGUCCGGACCAUCAGCCUCUACUACAACAAUAGGACUGUACAGGCCAUCGUAGAGCUCAAGAACAAACCGGCCCGUUGGCACAAGGCCAAGAAGGUCCAACUGACUCCAGGUCAGACAGAGGUCAAAAUCGACCUGCCGCUGCCUAUCGUGGCGUCCAACCUCAUGAUCGAGUUCUCCGACUUCUACGAGAACUACCAGGCGUCCAGCGAGACGCUCCAGUGCCCGCGAUGCUCUGCCUCCGUGCCCGCCAACCCUGGUGUCUGUGGCAACUGUGGAGAAAACGUCUACCAGUGUCACAAGUGCAGGUCCAUUAAUUAUGAUGAGAAGGAUCCGUUCCUGUGUAACGCCUGUGGUUUCUGUAAAUACGCCCGCUUCGACUUCAUGUUGUACACCAAGCCCUGCUGUGCUGUGGACCCAAUAGAGACCGAGGAGGACAGGAAGAAGGCGGUGACCAACAUCAACACGCUGCUGGACAAGGCCGACCGCGUGUACCACCAGCUAAUGGGACACAGACCUCAGCUGGAGAGUCUGCUGUCAAAGGUCAACGAGGCAGCGCCUGAGAAACCACAGGAUGAUUCUGGAGCAGGGGCGGGGCUUGGAGCGUCCUCGGCCAAUGUGAACAGGUACAUCCAGCAGCUGGCUCAGGAGUACAGCGGAGACUGUAAGACUUCCUUUGACGAGCUCUCCAAGAUCAUACAGAAAGUCCUGGCGUCCCGUAAAGAACUCCUGGAGUACGACCUGCAGCAGCGUGAAGCCGCCACCAAGUCCUCUCGUUCCAGCUCCCAUCAGCCCACCUUCACAGCCAGCCAGUACAGAGCCCUCUCUGUGUUAGGCUGCGGACACACGUCCUCCAACAAGUGCUAUGGCUGUGCCUCGGCUGUGACGGGUCACUGCAUCACCCUGCUAAGAGCCCUGGCCACCAACCCAGCCCUCCGCCAGAUCCUGGGGCUCCAGGGGCUCAUCAGAGAGCUGUUUGAGUACAACCUGAGAAGAGGCACCUCUGCCAUGAGAGAGGAGGUCAGACAACUGGUUUGCCUGCUCACCAGAGACCAGCCAGAGGCCACUCAGCAGAUGAAUGACCUGAUCAUUCACAAGGUGUCCGCUGCUUUGAAGGGCCACUGGGCCAAUCCUGACCUGGUCUCCAGUCUGCAGUAUGAGAUGCUACUGCUCACCGACUCCAUCUCCAAGGAGGGGGGCUGCUGGGAGCUACGACUGCGAUGUGCCCUGAGUCUGUUCCUGAUGGCCGUGAACAUCAAGACCCCUGUAGUGGUGGAGAACAUUACUCUGAUGUGUCUCAGGAUCCUACAGAAACUCAUCAAGCCCCCUGCCCCCACCUCCAAGAAGAACAAGGAUUCUGCCGUGGAGUCUCUGACUACAGUGAAGCCCUACUGCAAUGAGAUCCAUGCUCAGGCCCAGCUCUGGCUCAAGAAGGACCCCAAAGCAUCGUAUGAAGCCUGGAAAAAGUGCCUUCCAGCAAGAUGCCAGGAGACGGCGUCUAAGCCCCAGAACAAGGCCGAGGUGCGGAGGCGUUACCUGAUGGAGAAGUGUGUGUGGAAGUGGAAACAGUUCAUGAGGUCACGCUCCGAGGGUCUGUUCCCGCGGCUCCUCAAACUGGGGCACAACAAUUGGCUCAGACAGGUGCUGUUCACCCCAGCCACCCAGGCAGCGCGGCAGGCAGCCUGCACCAUCGUUGAGGCCCUCACCUCCAUCCCCAGCCGCAAGCAGCAGGUGCUGGACCUGCUUACCAGUUACCUGGAUGAGUUGAGCAUCGCGGGGGAAUGUGCAGCUGAGUAUCUGGGUCUGUACCAGAAGCUCAUCAAGCCUCCUCAAUGGAAGGUGUACCUGGCCGCCCGAGGAGUCCUGCCCUACAUCGGAAACCUCAUCACCAAGGAAAUAGCCAACCUGUUGGCUCUGGAAGAGGCCACGCUCAGCACAGACCUGCAGCAGGGAUACGCCCUCAAGAGCUUGACUGGCCUACUGUCGUCCUUUGUGGAGGUGGAGUCCAUCAAGCGUCACUUUAAGAGUCGUCUGGUGGGCACGGUGCUGAACGGCUACCUGUGUCUCAGGAAACUAGUGGUGCAGAGGACCAAGCUCAUCGACGAGACCCAGGACAUGCUGCUGGAGAUGCUGGAGGACAUGACCACAGGGACCGAGUCUGAGACCAAGGCCUUCAUGGCUGUGUGUAUUGAGACAGCCAAGAGAUACGACCUGGAUGACUACAGAACACCGGUGUUCAUCUUUGAGAGACUCUGCAGCAUCAUCUACCCGGAGGAAAAUGAGGUGACAGAGUUCUUUGUUACCCUGGAGAAGGAUCCUCAGCAGGAGGACUUCCUGCAGGGCCGUAUGCCUGGUAAUCCGUACAGCAGCAACGAGCCAGGUAUCGGACCCCUGAUGAGGGACAUCAAGAACAAGAUCUGUCAGGACUGUGACCUGGUGGCCCUGCUCGAGGACGACAGUGGCAUGGAGCUUCUGGUGAACAAUAAGAUCAUAAGUUUGGACCUGCCGGUGGCCGAGGUUUACAAGAAGGUGUGGUGCCCUACGAACGAGGGAGAGCCCAUGAGGAUCAUAUAUCGUAUGAGGGGUCUCCUUGGAGACGCUACUGAAGAGUUCAUCGAGUCUCUGGACUCUACCACAGAUGAAGAGGAGGAUGAGGAGGAGGUGUAUAAGAUGGCAGGAGUGAUGGCUCAGUGUGGGGGGCUGGAGUGUAUGCUCAGCAGACUGUCUGGCAUCAGGGACUUCAAACAGGGAAGACACCUGCUCACUGUGCUGCUGAAGCUGUUCAGUUACUGUGUGAAGGUGAAGAUCAACAGACAACAGCUGGUCAAACCAGACAUGAACACACUCAACGUGAUGCUGGGCACACUCAACCUGGCCUUGGUUGCAGAGCAGGAGAGUAAGGACAGUGGAGGAGCGUCCAUAGCAGAGCAGGUCCUCAGCAUCAUGGAGAUCAUUCUGGAUGAGGCCAACGCUGAGAUCUCAGAGGACAAGGGUAACCUGUUGUUAACAGGGGACAAGGACCAGCUGGUGAUGCUGCUGGACCAGAUCAACACUCCGUUUGUCCGUUCCAACCCCAGCGUUCUGCAGGGUCUCCUACGUAUCAUACCAUACCUGUCUUUUGGAGAACUGGAGAAGAUGAGGAUCCUAGUGGAGAGAUUUAAACCGUGCUGCAGCUUCGACAAGUACGAUGAGGAGCAUAGUGCCGAUGACAAGGUCUUCAUCGACUGCUUCUGUAAGAUUACUGCUGGCAUCAAGAACAACAGCAACGGACACCAACUCAAAGACCUUAUACUGCAGAAAGGGAUCACACAGAGUGCCCUGGACUAUAUGAAGAAACACAUCCCUAACGCCAAAAAUCUGGAUGCUGACGUGUGGAAGAAGUUCCUGUCUCGUCCAGCUCUACCCUUCAUCCUCAGACUGCUCCGAGGCCUGGCCACCCAGCACCCACCUACACAGAUGCUAAUCGGGACAGACUCCAUCACUAACCUUCACAAGUUGGAGCAGGUGUCUAGUGACGAGGGUAUUGGGACACUGGCAGAGAACCUUCUGGAGGCGCUGAGGGAGCACGCGGAGGUCAACCUGAAGAUAGAUGCCGCUCGCAGGGAGACACGGGCUGAGAAGAAACGCAUGGCCAUGGCCAUGAGACAGAAAGCUCUGGGGACACUGGGCAUGACGACCAAUGAGAAGGGCCAGGUGGUGACCAAGACGUCGUUGUUGAAACAAAUGGAGGAGCUGAUAGAGGAGCCAGGACUGACCUGCUGCAUCUGUAGAGAGGGAUACAAGUUCCAGCCGACCAAGGUGCUGGGGAUCUACACCUUUACGAAGCGCGUGGCCCUGGAGGACUUGGAGAACAAGCCUCGCAAGCAGCAAGGAUACAGCACUGUGUCACACUUUAACAUAGUCCACUAUGACUGCCACCUCGCAGCUGUCAGGCUUGCUCGCGGGCGGGAGGAGUGGGAGAGUGCUGCGCUGCAGAACGCCAACACCAAGUGCAAUGGACUGCUUCCUGUCUGGGGGCCUCACGUCCCAGAAUCGGCUUUCGCCACCUGCCUGGCCAGGCACAACACAUAUCUGCAGGAAUGUACAGGGCAGAGAGAGCCCACCUACCAGCUCAACAUCCACGACACCAAGCUCUUGUUCCUGCGUUUCGCCACGGAGCAGUCCUUCAGCGUGGAUACGGGAGGGGGAGGACGAGAGAGCAACAUCCACCUCAUCCCUUACAUCAUCCACACCGUGCUCUACGUCCUCAACACUACUCGGGCUACUAGUCGUGAGGAGAAGAACCUGCAGUGUUUCCUGGAGCAGCCGUGUGAGAAGUGGGUGGAGAGCAGCUAUGAUGUGGACGGUCCCCACUACUACACAGUGUUGGCCAUGCACAUCCUGUCUCCUGAACGCUGGAGGAACACACGACUCACCUUCCUACGCAGGCUCCUCGUCUCCGUGCACGCACGCAAGGUCUCUGCCGUCUUCACCAACAAACUCCCAGAUAAACAGUCUAAGGAAUAUGCAGUGUAUCGGUCUCCUCUCCUCUUCUGGGGUCUCGUGGAACUCAUCUAUGACAUGUUCAGGAAAGUACCCACCAGCAACACGGAGGGAGGCUGGUCCUUCUCGCUGGCAGAGUACGUGCGGCACAAUGACAUGCCCAUCUACGAGGCCUCGGAGCGGGUGCUCAAGUCCUACCAGGAAGAGCUGAUGCCUGCCGAAUCCUUCUCUGAGUUCCUGGAUGUUGUUGGGCUCCUCUCUGACAUUCCGGACCCAGACCUCUUCCUGCAAGACCUGUUGAACUCUGUUCCCUGAUGGUAUUCAGUACCACCCUGCCCCCACCCCCCGAGACAAGAGCCCCACGAUGGGGGACGACGAGGGCCCACACAUUGGUCCUGUUAACGACACCUCCAUGGGACAACUCUCAACCGGAAAACCCUCGCUCCCCAACUUCCCCCUAGCUUUCUGUCACACACACACACACACACACGCGCAUACCGUAACAGAGACACACACGCACGCAUACUGUAACAGACACGCAUACCGUAACAGAGACACGCACACACACAUCUGUUUCCUAGUCUCCACCAGGGUUUGAUCCUCUGCAUCAUCUUCCAACUGUUAACUCUCUUGAAGCAGAUCUUGUAUGUGCUGUCUGAGUCAGGAGUCAGUUGGUGCAUUUAUGACCAUGUUGCUGUAACAUUUAAUACACACGGUAAAACAAACCCCAUGCUUCUCUCAAAUAUUACCCACAAAAAAUAUCUGGGUUGCAAUCUUCAAGUAACUAAAAAAAAAUGUUUAAAAAACUUCUAAAAAAAAACAACAUUGUUUUGAGAUUCGAUCGCAGUGUAUUAAGAGUGACCUGUGUUUUUGUUUGUUUUAAGAAGUUUAAGAUGAGCUCUUUUUGUUUUUGUUUGUCAUGACAAUUUAUUGGUAUUUUCAAAAACGGAGGCAGGAAGGAAGCUUCACAGUAGGAUCUUGAAUUAAAAGAACUAACCCUGUUGUCAGAUCUCUCUGUGCUGACAGGAGAUCUGGAAGGAAAAUGUACUCAUGUAGGGUUGGUUUCUCUUCUCGGUGACAAGAAUCAGAUGAAAUGAGAAAAGAACAACAACAAAAAUCUAUCUGUUGAGCCCUCCCUCCCUCCCCGGUAACUCAAGUUCUAACGAUCCUGAUUGGUUAUUCAUGCUCCAAUGAAACGUCACCAUUUUACGACAUUGUCCCAAAUGAAUAAUACUAACAAUAAAAACGGGGCCUUUGCAUCUUUUCCUUUGGAUUCGACACACUUCUCUCUCUUGUUAUGUUUUCUGGUUGAUUUUUGUUGUUUCUGGUAAAGCAAGGUGCCGCUGAGUUCUUCAAACCUUUGAUGAUUUAAAUGGAUUAAUUACAUCUCUUUAAUAUAUAGACGCCCGCGUCCAUCGCGACACGUGAAAACGGAGUCUUCAGAGCUGAUGGUGUGGAGUUUAAACAUUUUAAAAUACCCCAAUUUAUAGUGUUACUUUCUCUCGUCGGCCUAUUACAGCUGCUACAAUGUUCAACUGUUGCUGAAUGUCUGCUUUUUGAGGGGGGUUAGCAAUGAUUAAUAAAGUCGUGAUAGUAAUUCCACAUCCA